CAGGAGCAGAGAGCAGCCGUCAUUGAAAGGAGUGGGCGCAUCAAAUUGCACCGGAUGUCAUUACACGCUCUUAAAUAUCGAGGACUAUAAACAAGACCAAAGGCAGAGCCAUGGAGGUUGUAACACAUCUGGUGAAUGACAGUGUAGAAUUUUACAAAUGGAGCCUUACUAUAGCAGACAAGAGGGUGGAGAGCUGGCCAAUGAUGUCAUCUGCCUUGCCCACUCUGGCCAUCAGCUGCCUGUACCUGCUCUUCCUGUGGGCAGGGCCUAGAUACAUGCAGGACCGCCAGCCAUUUACACUCAGGAAGACCCUCAUAGUCUACAAUUUCAGCAUGGUGGUCCUCAACUUUUACAUCGCCAAAGAGCUCCUAAUAGCCUCUAGAGCAGCCGGGUACAGCUACCUCUGUCAGCCUGUCAACUACUCGAAUGAUGUCAACGAAGUCAGGAUAGCGUCUGCUCUUUGGUGGUACUACAUUUCCAAAGGAGUGGAAUUCCUGGAUACAGUCUUUUUCAUCCUGAGGAAGAAAUUCAACCAGGUCAGCUUCCUCCAUGUCUACCACCACUGCACCAUGUUCAUCCUCUGGUGGAUUGGCAUCAAGUGGGUCCCCGGUGGACAAUCUUUUUUUGGUGCAACCAUCAACUCUUCCAUCCACGUCCUCAUGUAUGGUUACUAUGGCCUGGCCGCCUUGGGACCUCAUAUGCAGAAGUACCUCUGGUGGAAGAAAUACCUCACCAUUAUUCAGAUGAUCCAGUUCCACGUGACCAUCGGCCACGCUGGCCACUCCCUCUACACAGGCUGCCAGUUUCCCUGCUGGAUGCAGUGGGCUCUGAUUGGCUACGCUGUCACCUUCAUCAUCCUAUUCGCCAACUUCUACUACCACGCUUACCGAGGCAAGCCUUACUCCUCAAGUAAGGGAGGCAAGCCCAUCACAAACGGCACCACAAUGGUAACUAACGGUCACAGCAAAGUGGAGGAAGUGGAGGAUAACGGAAAGAGGCAAAAGAAAGGAAGAGCGAAAAGGGAGUAA